UUUUUUUUUUUUACUUUUGUUGUUAUAUUACUAUUUGAGGUUAUGUUAUGUUAAAGCUAUGAUAAAAUUAAAUAUAACAAAACGCCGCAUCGGUUAAGCGAUUGAUAAAAUAAAAUGUUGUAAUUAUUACUUAAGUAACUUAAAGAACGAAAAACAAGUGAUAACCUUUAUUAUACAACAAUGUUCAGAAGUGUUAUGUUAAAAUGGUUGCCAUUGAAACAUUUUAAAAAUGAAUAUUUUCUGCAAGCAGCGGAGACUGGAAAAGAUUAUACAAAAAUACUCUGGAAUAAUAAAAGACACCUUUCAGUUUCGAGCAUUAGUUUCAAGAAAAGAAAAUCUUCAGAAGAGAAGGCUGUCGAAAAUCAAGGGAAAAGAGUAAUCAGAUAUGCACCGAAAGCAGGUACUGAGGUUGUGGGCAUUUGGCGUAACAUGACUGUACAGGAGAUUGCAAAUGUGUUGAAAAAAGAUGUUGACCAUGUCUUCAAAGCCUUAGAGUUUGCUGAUAAAAAUUCAGACACAUACUAUAAAGAAGACACUGUGAUACACAAUCCUCAAAUAAUAAGAGAUGUCAUCAAGAUAUCUGGCUGUAGAUUCAGGAUAAUUGCAAGACCUGAUGAGGAUAUUGAUAAAGAGCAGAAUAAAGAUGCAGUACCAGCUCCACCUGCUCCGCCGGAGGCGCUUCGCCCCCGACCGCCCGUAGUGUGCGUGAUGGGACAUGUAGACCACGGGAAGACGACACUGCUCGACGCUCUGAGGGACACAUCUGUUGUAGAUACAGAGUUUGGAGGAAUAACGCAACAUAUUGGAGCUUUUGAAGUGACGCUGCCGUCGGGCGAGCGCGCCACGUUCCUGGACACGCCGGGGCACGCGGCGUUCGGCGCCAUGCGCUCGCGCGGCGCGCGGUGCACGGACGUGGUGGUGCUGGUGGUGGCGGCCGACGACGGCGUCAUGGCGCAGACGCUGGAGUCCGUGCGCAUGGCGCGCGCCGCCGACGUUCCGAUAUUGGUGGCAAUCAACAAAAUCGACAAGCCAGGUGUGAACAUUGACAAAACCCUGCGCUCGCUGGCCCAACACGGGCUGCUCUGCGAAGCGCUGGGCGGGGACGUGCAGGCCAUCGCCGUCUCGGCGCUCAAGAGGCUGCACCUCGACACGCUGGUGGAAGCUCUCAUCCUGCAGGCGCAGCUGAUGGACUUGAAGGCCGAUCCAGGCGGAUACGUCGAAGGGGUCGUCAUUGAAGCCUUCGUGGAUCCCCGAACUGGAAAGCAAGCGACAAUAUUAGUACAGCGAGGUACGUUGAGAAAAGGAUGCGUUAUCGUCGCUGGCAACGGAUGGGCGAAGGUGCGCGUGCUACAGAACAGUGCGGGCCUCAGUGUGGAGAGCGCAUCUCCCGCCACGCCCGUGCUCGUGAUGGGCUGGCGGGAGCUGCCCUCCGCUGGCGACACCGUGCUUGAGGUCGAGAGCGAGAAACGUGCAAACGAGGUGAUGAGAUGGCGUCACAAUCAACGAAUGAAAGAAAAACAAGAAUCUGAUUUAGAAGCUAUAAACAUAAAGGAGAGCGAACACCAGGCCAUAUAUAAACAGAAGCUCGCACAGAAGCGGUCGCUCGGCCGGUUCCGCACCAGGCAGGAGGGGCCGCGGCAGAAGAUGAUACAGGAGGACGACCAUCCCACGCUCAGUGUCAUUGUUAAAGGUGACGUGGACGGGUCGGUGGAAGCUAUCUUGGAUAUUCUGGAAACCUACGACGACCAUGAACGUGUGAGACUCGAACUCGUCAGCUACGGUGUGGGACAGGUCACUCCUAAUGAUGUCGAGGUGGCGCAAGCGUUCAACGCCAUAAUCUACGCGUUCAACGUGGAGUGUCCGCCGGGCGUGGCGAGAGACGCCCGCGCGGCCGGCGUGCAGCUGGCGCAGCACAACGUCAUCUACAAGCUGGUGGACGCCGUGCGCGACCAGCUCAGCGCGCGCCUGCCGCGCCGCCGGCACGAGGAGCCGCUCGGCGAGGCGAACGUCCUCCAGCAGUUCCACGUGUCGGAGGGCAAGAAGAAGGUGCCGGUCGCGGGCUGUCGCUGUGUGAAGGGCUCGCUGGUGAGGAACGCGCUGUACCGAGUCGUGAGAGGCCAGGACGUCGUGUAUGAAGGUAAACUAGCAUCAAUGAAACAUUUGAAAGAGGAAGUAACGACCAUAAAACGAGAUAUGGAGUGCGGUCUGCGCUUCGAAGACCCCAACUUUAUAAUGCAGCCCGGAGACACAGUAGUGUGCUACAAGAUGGUCGAUGUCUCCAGCACCACCAGCUGGGACCCCGGGUUUUAGACCGGCUUUAGUUUUGCCAAAAUGGUGCUUGUUAUAUUAAAUAUUCCAAUACAUUUGUCAUAUGUUGUAAACAAUAUUUUCCUAACUACAUUAUGUAAUAGAUUUUAAUGUAUAUAAUGUUUAUUAAUAUUGUAGCAAUACUAUUGCAAUUAAUAUAUUGGAUAUAACGGUUUCGAUCUGUUCCCUGUUCCGAUACCACUUCGAUCGAAACGCAACUUGAUCGUUGUGUAGUUUACGAAAACCGCAUUUAUUUCUUCUCAAUUCGAUAGUUAAAUUUUUUUUAAAGAAUUCUUUACCACAGCAGUGGUACUAUUACGGUUAUAGCAUAGCAACUGUUGCUGUCAAAUAUUCGUUGCGGAUUGAUAUCAAAUCAAAUCAAAUAAAAAAAUAAGUAUUA